AUGUCUGUGCAGGAAGAUCCCUAUACCUCGGUGGAGGCCAUCCGAGAACUAGCAAACAUUGACCCUGAUAUGGCCAAAAUGCUCAAGGACGGCUCGGCAGGUGCUCUGGCAUCUAUGUCGUUCGAGGCAAUGGUACAGAUGUUUCGCCAACAUCCCCCACCCUCCAGCCCGCAGCUGAAAACCGAGUGGUCUCGCUACAUCAAGAUGCGUGAUGGUCACACUCACGAAAUCCGCGUAUACAAGCCGGAUGAUUUGGCAGAGGGCCCGUUGGUGGUCCUCAUAUAUGGAGGUGGCUUUUGCAUGGGGCACUACUCACAAUUUGGGCCUUAUUCUAGGGCUAUUGCAUCUCUGUAUGGUGCAACUGUUGUGAACAUCAGCUACCGCCUCGCUCCAGAGUUCAAGUUCCCGACGGCGCCUAAUGACGUGUGGGAUUCCAUCACAUGGUUGGUGGAACCAGAGAAUGCAAAAGAACUUGGUUUAAAUCUGAACAAGGGUUUUGUUGUGGGCGGGAUGUCGGCUGGAGCGAACCUCUCGGCAGUGUUCGCCCAGCAAUGGGUAUCCAGUGCCAAAUCGCCCUCGAUCGGUGGUGUAUGGCUGAACGUUCCGCUCCUCUUUGUUGACGAAAUCGUCCCCGACGAUCAGCGAGAGUUGUGGAUUUCUAAAGAGCAAAACGCCGAAGCUAUCAUCAUCAACAAAGAAGCGAUGGACUUUAUUCACAGCUCGUACAAUCCGGACGUCACCUCGCCCGACUUCUCUCCUGUCAACCAGCAGGGAGCACACACGGGGCUUCCACCAACCCUCGUCCAGGUCUGCGGUCAGGACCCGUUGAGGGACGAUGGCUUGAUCUACGAAAGGAUCUUGCGGAAGCAUGGCGUUAAGACCAAGCUGGAUGUAUACCCGGGUAUUCCCCAUGCAGCACCGUAUUUCUUUCCCACACUUCCCGUCGCAACCACGCACAACAUGGAUGUCUUGAAGGGGUUCGGGUGGUUGUUGGGAAAGGAAGCAAGCGAGGAGCAGUAUCAGGUAGCAUUGAAGACAAUGACAACGCCUGUGUAG